AAACCGCGCAGUUAUUUAAAAUAUGAAUAUUUUAAAACUUUUCUUUGUUUUUAUUGUGGCAAUGUCUCUGGUGUCAUGUAGUACAGCCGCUCCAGCAAAAAUACCUAUCAAGGCCAUUAAGACUGUAGGAAAGGCAGUCGGUAAAGGUCUAAGAGCCAUCAAUAUCGCCAGUACAGCCAACGAUGUUUUCAAUUUCUUGAAACCGAAGAAAAGAAAGCAUUAAGAAAAGAAAUUGAGUGAAUGGUAUUAGAUAUAUUACUAAAGGAUCGAUCACAAUGAUAUAUAGAUAGGUCAUAGAUGUCAACGUGAAUUUAUGGAUUUUUGUUUUCCCCUUUGUAGUACUUACUUAUAGUCAGUUCUUAAAUUGAUUGCAACGACAACUGUGUACUAUUUUUUAUAUUUGGUUCGAAAAGUUGCAUUAUUAACGAUUUUAGAAAAUAAAACUACUUUACUUUUACACG